AUGUCGUCGGAAGCUUCAGGAGUGGUCGACCUCGGAGCUGCUGAUCCCUCCGAUGACAAGCCUGUCAAGAAUGAAUGCCAAGCGGACCCAGAUGAAUCGGAAGGACUUUCCGAGCAAUUGGAGGUCGUGUUUGACAACCAUGAUUCGCACCGAAGAAAGGCAUCGCUUACACAAGAGAAAUCGAAACCUCAACACGACACGCAAGAUGUGACUUCGUGUUUCGUACACUCUUUGCUGCACAACUGUCACAAGAAACCCGAUCAGUCAGAUGCCAAAUCGUCCGGGACAGACUUCAGCGAAAAAUGGAGCGAGGUUUUACGCGAUAGUAAUGAUUCGCAAUCCCGCUUGCUGUCGAAAAGGCAGCUGGCCGACAUGGCAUACAAUAUUCGAGAGCUGUCUAAGAAGCUCGGUACAAUACGGGUCCUCCUCAAAGUCCGCAAUGUGUUUUUGCUCACCAAAGCACAUGACCGGAAGUUGUUUGCAAAGACUCGAGAAAUGACCAAAUGGCUAUUACGGCAAAAGAACGCACAAGGCGAGCCGUACACAGUCUGGGUAGAGGAGACUCUAGAGGAAAAUGAAAUAUUCGAUUCGAAAUCCAUCACAUCUGAGGAUCCCUCGUUCAAGGACCGCCUCAAAUAUUGGAACAAUGAGCUCUGCCGCAAGAAACCCCACACAUUUGAGAUCUGUCUUGCGCUAGGUGGUGACGGAACUGUACUCUAUGCAUCUUGGCUGUUCAAACGCGUGGUGCCUCCAGUCAUGUCAUUCGCUGGAGGCUCACUCGGCUUCUUGACCAAAUUCGACUUUGACGACCAUGCCAGAAUUCUCGAGCGCGCUUUCAAGGAAGGCAUCACCGUCUCCUUGCGCCUCCGGUUCGAAGCGACAAUCAUGCGAUCUGUAAAGCACAAGGACAAAAACACCCAAGCCUCCCGCGAUCUCAUCGAUGAACUCACCAGCGCCGACGAAGGCGAUGUCACAACCCACAAACCCGACGGAAGCCACAACAUCCUCAACGACAUCGUCAUUGACCGUGGUCCAAACGCGACUAUGAGCAGCAUCGAACUGUUCGGUGACGAUGAGCACUUCACCACACUACAAGCCGAUGGGAUCUGUGUCGCGACGCCCACAGGCUCAACGGCCUACAACCUCGCAGCUGGCGGCAGUCUUUGCCACCCCGACAACCCUGUUAUUCUCGUCACCGCCAUCGCCCCGCAUACGCUCAGCUUCCGACCGAUUAUCCUUCCGGACACGAUUGUCCUACGUGUUGGUGUACCAUAUGAUGGACGGGCAAGCUGUUGGGCGAGCUUCGACGGGAAAGAAAGGUCCGAAUUGUGUCCCGGGGACUAUGUCACCAUCUCCGCCAGUCGCUUCCCUUUCCCAAGCGUCUUGCCCCUGGAUCGCCGGAGUGAAGACUGGGUAGAGAGCAUCUCAAGGACGCUGAACUGGAAUAACCGGCAACGCCAGAAAGCCUUUGAUGAGAGUAACCAGAAGGAGGGAGGAGAUGAAUAG